UUUUUCUUACUAUAUAGAAGAGAAAAGAAGAAGAAGAAGGUAUUCAUAGGGUUUGAGCAUUAGCCAACUAUACCAACACUGUGGUGCUUGGUAUUUAGGUUUCAAACCCUAUCUCCCUUCUAGCCUCGGCCUAUUUAUGAAAAAGGUCACUAUGAUCACAUCUUGUGGCUCCCAUGUACCUAUGAGGUUCACAGAUUAUAAGAGGGCACAAGAGAUUUCUACUGUUGGUUUAUCUAGAAAAAAAAUGCACAUGCAUGAAAUGAAUUUGUCACUGUACUUUUUGAGUAGCAAACACCAAAAACAUAUAUAAACAAAUUGUUUUCUUUUCUAUUCUGUUGAAAGAUACUAAUGAUUAUAUGGUAUAUAUAUGGUGCAGCAAAAGAUAGUAAUGAAGGUGCAAAUGAAUUGCGAGAAAGGCAGAACCAAGGCCAUGAAGAUUGCUGCUGUGGCAGAAGGUGUAAUCUCAGUGGCGAUUGAAAGAGAAAAAAGUCUGGUGGUCGUGAUAGGAGACGGAGUUGAUUUGGUUAGCUUGGCCGGCUCACUAAGGAAGAAGCUUGGCUCUGCCACCAUUGAGAGCGUGCAAGAAGUGAAGGCAGAAAGUGCUAAGAAAAAAGACCCAAUUAUAUGUUAUAGCCAAUAUCCACAAUACCCCAUGUAUAUAUGCAGUGGUUUCUGAUCAAUACUCAAGCAAUUGCGCCAUCAUGUGAUGAGUAUUGCAACCUGAUCCAUGAGAUCAAUUGAGAUGUAAAACUUUUUGUCUUUGUUUUGUUCA